CACGUCCACAGCCGCCUCCACACCAACACAGCAACACAGCAACACCCGCCGACCCCCCGGCCACCAUGUCCACGGCGCAGGCCGUCGCGCCGACGCGCCAGCACCUGACGCUCUCGGGCUCGUCGCUGCUCGUGCGCGACUUCUUCUGCUACUCGCUGCAGAGCAUCCUCUACCAGCGCGCCCUCUACCCGCCCGAGGACUUCAAGGCCGUGCGCAAGUACGGCCUGCAGAUGCUCGUCGCCAUCGACGACGCCCUCGCCACCUACAUCGACGCCGCCAUGCGCCAGCUCGCCGCGUGGCUCGAGCAGGGCGCCGUCAGCCGCGUCGUCGUCGCCAUCGUCGACACCGAGACGGGCGACACCGUCGAGCGCUGGCAGUUCGACGUCGACGUCGUCGGCGAGGCCGUCGCCGAGAGCAAGCUGGCCAAGGAGGAGAAGAAACCGGUGCCGCCAAAAGCGUCCGCAGCCAACUCGGGCACAUACGGCGCCAAGACGGACGCGCACGUCAAGGCCGAGAUCGCGGCGAUCAUCAAGCAGAUCACCGCAAGCUGCACCUUCCUGCCGAUGCUGGAGCAGCAGUGCUCCUUCUCCAUCCUCGCCUACACGUCCACCUCGACGCCGAUCCCGCUCGAGUGGGCCGAGUCGUCGGCGCGCCUCAUCUCUGAGGGCGAGGCGGAGCAGGUGCGGCUGCGCAGCUUCAGCACGCACGUGCACCGCGUCGAUGCGAUGGUGGCCUACCGGCGCGGCGAGGACGAGUAAUGACGAUAUCCGCUUCACGAGUGC